CAUACAAUGUCCACAGCAACGGGCUGUUAUGUCACGGUAUCAACGGACGCUUUAUGUUAUUUUGUGCUCUACCAAGGGUAACAUGUCGACAGGUCAGGUAUACACAGUACCCGAGUGUUUCAAGCAUACCCUAGAAACCACCGCCACUGUAGAAAUCGGAUCUUUAUGAUGUGAUAUCACCGAGGGAUUUCUAUCAGGUGUUGUCUGGUACUAUCUGAUUGGGAAGAUGUGGAGCUGCCAGUAUAUCGCAUGGGCAAUAUUGUUAUUCGGGGCAAUUCUUGGGAUUGAUUCAGCCUCGCUAGCAGCCGAGAGGGUGUCAGAGGCUGUUUCUAUAACUCUCUACCGGCUUGAGGCAGACGAUUGGUCAAGUAAAUCCGCAGCCUUUAAAACAGUUGUGGCCGAUGGCGCCAAUGUAUACUGUGAAGCAUACCCUUCGGCCUGUGGCUUCCUCUACUGGGACAGCAAUGCCGCGUUUGGCGGGUCGUUGGUGGGAGAAAACCAAGUUGUCGUGGACGCCAAGAAUCUCAAGGUCAACUUCUACAUACAGUUCCAUGCUCUUGCCAAUAUCUCAUCUGUCUCCAAGACACAAUUUGUCUUGAACUAUAUUGCAUUUAAGACCAUUGUCCAGAGCGUUCGCCUUGAUAUCGCUUCGGCAGUUGGUGCGCCUGUGACGUAUGUAGACACGGAGUUCUACGGCAUCCCUCCCGCCAACCUAGCCAACCGGGUCAUCAUCCCCGUCGCCGUCGUCGUCUUACUCGUCAUCAUCGUCAUUGCCAUCGCACUCCACUUGUGGAACAAACGACAGAAAAAAAACAAAAAGAGUCGUGCGAGACGUGAUCUGACGUCAGCGAAGGUGACGCCCAUUCACACCACACACGGCGCUACUGGUAAACACGCCGACACUCACAACAACUUGAACGGAAGUAAUGUAAACAACACUGAAAAGGGGGCCCACCAAAUGAAGGAAAUAUUACCCAGCACCCCACAAUCGCACCCACAGAAACUCCCCCCUGUAAACGGGUUCAUGGAAGAUGAAACACAGCACCGAAACGCAGCACGAGCCGUAUCUGUAGAAGACACUGAAGGUGAACACCGGAAAGACAAGAAACGGAAGAAGAAGAGGAAGAAGCGUCAUCACCGGGAUUCUGAAUCUGGCUAUGACCACAAUCAAUCGGACAACGAAAACACCCGAACACACACGAUUACGUCUCAAGAACGUCACCAGUAUGGUAACGACGUGUACGACAGCGACCCUUGUUAGUUACGAUACAAAGACGAUUGUUUGAUGAUGUUAAUUUUUUAAAUCAGAAAUGUUACAGAACCUGCGUUCGUAGUCUGUAUUCGGAACAGUUAGAAAAACACGUAGCUUUUCUCUACAAUGAAUAUAACCACCAUUACAUGGGCUGUCAUAAUCCAAAUAAUAUGGGUAUGGUCAAGUUGGUCAAAGAGAUGGUUUGUAAAAAAUAAUAUGGGUAUGGUCAAGUUGGUCAAAGAGAUGGUUUGUAAAAUUGGUUUACGUUUAUUUAGGUUUAAUACGAACUAUAUAUAUUUGGGUUAUUAUGAGACAGUGCUAUUUAUCAUAACGACAUGAGCUUAGGGCAUUAUGUAAACUUAUAUUUACUCGUAGUUUUAAUAACUAGUAUUUUGUAUUCUUAACCUUGCUAUGUACACUUUAGAAUGUACUGUAUUAUACAGCGUAACACUAGCAAAAUCAUAUGGUGACAAGAAAACGUAAACGAUACAAAAUCGGUAAUCAUAAUUUUUAACGUUAGAUACGCCUGAACUUUUACCAGUUUAUGAAUCUCAAAAACACUCAUCAAUGCUCAUUUGAGACACUGCGCGCCGAAGUCGUAUCUGACCUGAAUAUCAAGGAAUCGUGGAUAGUGCUGCCAUGAAGGUCAGAGACUGGAGGGAAACCAUCUUUGCGUAUGUUUGUUUAUCUUGUCUUACCUUUGUAAAUAUACAGUGCUGUUUAUAAUUUAUGUUUUUAAUGUAGCGACCAUUCUGUGUUAGAUCACAACGAUUUGUAUUGAACACCUCACCAGCUUUAAAAAAAAGUUUAUUUCUCGACUCUUCAUACAUCCCCCUACCCCCUCAUACGUUUUUACGCUGUUGCUACAGUUUAUCCUGUGUAUAUAACGGUAACCAUGUCAUCAUUUAUCCCGAUACAAAGGUGACCUGCAGUAGCUGUGCGGUAUUCAGUAGCUUCAGUUGCGGUAUUCAGUAGCUACAGGUGCGGUAUUCAGUAGCUACAGGUGCGGUAUUCAGUAGCUUCAGGUGCGGUAUUCAGUAGCUUCAGGUGCGGUAUUCAGUAGCUACAGGUGCGGUGCGGUAUUCAGUAGCUACAGGUGCGGUAUUCAGUAGCUUCAGGUGCGGUAUUCAGUAGCUUCAGGUGCGGUAUUCAGUAGUUACAGGUGCGGUAUUCAGUAGCUACAGGUGCGGUAUUCAGUAGCUUCAGGUGCGGUAUUCAGUAGCUUCAGGUGCGGUAUUCAGUAGCUACAGGUGCGGUAUUCAGUAGCUUCAGGUGCGGUAUUCAGUAGCUACAGGUGCGGUAUUCAGUAGCUACAGGUGCGGUAUUCAGUAGCUACAGGUGCGGUAUUCAGUAGCUUCAGGUCCGGUAUUCAGUAGCCACAGGUGCGGUAUUCAGUAGCUUCAGGUGCGGUAUUCAGUAGCCACAGGUGCGGUAUUCAGUAGCUUCAGGUGCGGUAUUCAGUAGCUUCGUGUACCUAUACACUACG